GAACGUGCCGAAAGUCUGCCGAAGACUGUCGCAAUGCAUUUAUCUAGGAUUGUGCCGGCAUGUGCACCGUAUUUGAAUUCGGUAAGGUGCAUUUCCUGCAACAGUGCUGCGGUGGUAAAAGUGCAUCGAAGUAUUUACUCUCGCCGCUACCCAACCAUGGUGGUUCUUCCUGACGGGGCCACCAUCAACAUCAGCUAUCAUGAACCGCGAAGGAUAAUCAAGUUGCCCUUGGAUCUAAGCUUACUAUCCGAAGCUGAACGGAAAGCUCGUAUUGAGAAGCGCAAACCGAAGCAAAAGAUUCGUAUCGAGGACGAUGUAGAAGAGGAUACGUUCAAUGCCAACAAGUAUCUGAAGUACAUUAAAAAGAAGUAAACGUGUCGGAAACACACAUUAGUUGUAAAUAAAACAAUGCUGAUUAGUUGUAUACCCAUGUAAUUAAAACUUCGUUUAGUUUUUCAUUUAAAACUUGUACGAGACCGGUCUUCCCAAUGUGAAAGAGAGGCAACAACGCAGGAACGCAGACAGGUUCGAAAAGAAAGUGCGGUCAGCAAAUACCGGGACUGAUUUUCCA